AUGUCUAGCGAUAAAUCCGACGAGGCGAACAAUCUUGUAACCAAAUUAAAGGCUGACGGUUCCGCAAGAGAUGAGUGUGAUUUGGGGAAAGUAUUUAUUAAUUACAAGAGUAUUUUAUCAGAAUUACCUGCGAAAGACAGGGGGACUUUCUCGCUUAAUGUGUUGUGUAUACUUUGCAGGAACUUAGAAAAGGUGCCGACAUGGUGUGACAGAAUUUCAAAUAAAGAGUUAUUGGAACUAUCGAUAGACUGCUUGAGACAAACACGGGUUUUGAAAAAUACUGAGCAGGUGAAGACGCUAGCUUGUGUGUACCAUAUACAUAAGCAUAUUGUCAGGCAGAACACGUCUGCACCACCAGAACUCAUGCUAAAGCUGUCAUACAUGCCAUUUGAGGUGAAAUGUGACAAUCUCUUGAAGGAGUACUACAAAACAUAUUGGAGUAUCCUCGCUGACAGAUUUGUGUACAUAGAAAAGUUGAAAAGCAGCCGUCUAUCCAUAGUGAAGCUGUUACCAAAGCUGAACGAAGAUAUAACGACGAUAAUAAAGACCGUCUUGCGAAGUUUUCGGGAGUCUUGCGAGGCAACAGAGAAACUGGGCUACCGCAGGGUCAUGGAUGUAAUGUAUCCGUACAUAGCUCAGCUCCUAAGGCUGCAUAUGGAAUAUUAUAUACUGCAUUUCAACGAGAAAAGUUGGAAAGAGCAUUUUGACGUGCCCAUACAGGUGAGUUGCUUGGGCAUCGUGAGAUUCUUAAUAAAGAAGCUUGGCAAAGCACAGCAGAUGUCCAAAUGUGAAGGCUGCAAUAUCAGGAGCGGUCUGCAUGACGCUUUACGUCUGUCUUUCCUUUCAAAGAGCUUGGUCAGCGGGUCAAUAAGCCAGGAUCUGGAUGUGGCACAGCUACUGCCCACCUACAUAUCCGUGGUCCAAGCCCAGUAUGCAAUGCUGUCGGAGUUGAACAAGCUGGGCUGCCCGAAUCAGGCGAAAUGUCUCAGAAAGCUGCAGACUGACGUCCACAACACAGCCAUAGCUUUAAAUAAGGCCCAUCUGUAUGAACAUUCGAUAAAACUUUUCAAUACCUACCUGAAGGCUGAGAUACAGUGCGUGAGGAGCGAUGCUGAAUUUAAAAAUGUGGCGCGGGCGCUAUACAACAAGAGUAUAAGCGAGCUAGACUGCAAGCUAUACGAGGAGGCUUUGAAAAGUGCCUACUUGAGCCUAGCAUUUUCAGGCAAGGAAGGCUUGACCUCGGUCAAGUACAUGAGCCUGGUGAUGGACAUAAAAGCCAAGUCUCUGAAGAGUUUUGAGGAUGACGAGGAGUCGGAAGGCGACAAAUUGCAGCGCCUAAGCGUUCUAGGUGCCUGUAAGUUGCUAGCAGACAGCUCUGAGUACGGCAAUCUUAAGCCAUUUUUCUCAACUUUGAGAUUUAGCGAACUGCUUAAACACGAGUUCUCUAUGUACGUGAAGCUUUGGCCGUCGAUUGUGCCGAUCGCUGGGGUCUGGCUCUCGCUGAACGAGCUGCUGACGUUACGGAACAGCUCCUGGCUUGCAGUCGAAAAUGAGGAAACCCUUCUCUGGAGCUUAUACCAAGUGGUGUUGGAAACUCCCAUGGCUGUACGGACCAUACACAAUGAACACUACAAGUCUAUUGUAGGGGAGUUGCUGCAGAGAUUUGAAGAGAAACCAGCGGGGAGUUUCGACGAAAUGGCGGUCCAUGCCACACUCCUCUUCCUCCAAUCCGAGUACGACAUCGCGGAGGCGUCGCAGAAAUACGGCUGGAAGGCCACUGGACCGAUCCUGGACCCAGAUCUGGCGCCGGUGACGAGGACCCUGCCGCUGGAGCACCAGGCGCUGCUCCCCGCCUUCCGAGCGGUGAACAUCUGGACGGAUGCCCUGCCACACCUGGAGAAAGCCGCCGCGUCAAAGCUCCUCCACUGCUGCCUGCAGAUCGCCGAGCUGUUCGUGCAGCACCUCCUGAACAUGUUCCGCCACGUCCAGGGGCUCCAGCUGGCUCACGUCUGCUGCGAGCUGGCCCGCAGGCUAGACGCCAAGGAAGAGUACGUGAGGAAUGCUGGUGUGAUACUGUUCUACGCAAGCAAGCCCUGCCAGAUGACGGAGGAGCUGAUCUCCACGGCAGCCGGCUACUGGAGCGAGCUGAUGAAGACCAGCGAGACCCUGGAGACGGCGCUGGUGUUCGCCUGCGAGCUGGCGACGUUCUACCAGAAAUGUGGCUCCGAGGGGACCGCUGCUAUGCUGCUCCAGUUUGCUCAGGCGCGUUUAUUGGAGGCGUUGGACACACAAACGGGGAUCAAUUUGGACCUGGCGAUAGGCCGCCUUCUCGAGUGGGCACGAGCCCCCUGCAUCCUGAGCAGAGCCAACGCUGCCCACCGCCACUACCUCGCCAUCGGCAGCUCCGGGUCGCGGUGGUGUGCUAGAGCGUGGCGGGGGCAGGCGGCGCGGGGAGCGGGGGCGGCGGCGGGGCGGGCGGCGUGCGCGGCCGCAGUCGCGCUCCGGCUGUGGCGGAGGGCGCGCGCGUCGGCCGCCGCCUCGCUGCCCGCCAGCGCAGCGCUGCAGGCCGCGCGGCUGCACGCCUCGCUCGCGGACCCCCACUGCCCCGACGCGCAGGUGAAGAUCGACAACCGCCUGAAGCACUCGCUCGGUCUGCAGCCCACCAACGAGACGCAGCCGCAGUGCAGGCCAACGGGGGAGGGGCGGAAGGGGGGGCCCGGGUUAGUGCCGUUGGGGGCGUUGGGGGCCCAGAUAGAGGGGGUACGCGAGGGGCCCGCGAGGCAGAGGGCGCGCAAGUGCCCCUCGCCCGGCUACGGCGUAGCGCCCCCCUUCCGCGCCCCCGAGUUCUUGGGCCACGGAUCGGGCUGCGAGUGCUACGCCUGCGCGGCGCCCUACAGCGCGGUGCUCGCUUUCAGGGCAUGCGCCCUCGAAGCGGCUGUGUACUACAGGAGCGGCGAGUUUGCGGUCGCCGCGGACUACUUCGCGGGCGCCUUCCGAGUGCUGGCGAUGUGCGAGGAGCAUCUGGAACGGAUGGGGGGAGGGGCGGGGGACAGGUUCCAGGGCUGGCUGCUGCAGACCGUCGGGGACCUGUACCGCGAAGACCUGCGCCGCUUCGAAGCGGAGGCGACGCUGGAGGCGGCGCUCUUCGAGAUGGCGCGCGGCGAGAGGGCCGAUGACAAGCUCGUGAGGGUACACGAGAUGGCGCUCGAGUGGCAGCCCUGCGGGCACCUGGCCAACGAGGUGGCCAACUGCCUGGUGGCCGCCGCCAGGCUCACCAGGGCCGAGAGGAAACGCGUGGCCGCUGGGCUGGAGGUGGAAAUGGAGGCGUUGCGGCUCAGCCCCGCCCCGGAGCCGGCUAAGACGCCGGAGACGAGACCCGCCAAACAGGAACGCGCGCCGAACAGGACCGUGGCUGAUGAAGAGCUGCCCGCGAUCAAGAGGAAGGUGAUCCGGCUGAAUUUGGACGAGGACAGCGCCGAUGAGGCACCAGAGGCGCCAGAGGCACAAGCCCCCCCUCCCAGGAGCCGCUUCAAGGUGCCGGUGCCGUCGCUGCAGCGGCCCGCCCUGGAGGCGGCCACGCCCCGCCCCAAGCCCCAGCCCCUGGCGGGCCCGCCCACACCCCACCUGCUGUUCUCCACGCCCUGCGCCACCUCGCCCGAACGCUUCUUCACCCCGAUGACCUCCGUCAAGAGCUACUCUAGACGCGGCGCUGCGGUGAAGAACCUGGAGAGCGAGUUCUCCACGCCUGUAGCCCGCGCCGAUAAAGAGAAUAAGGUCAUAGAGAAACCGAAGACUAGGGGUAGAGCCCGAGCUGAUGCCAAGCGCAGUCUACAUAGGGCCACCAGCCCGGGUGCUCUGCCCUCGCAAAAGCGC